AUGGACAGAGAUCGCGAGAGGGACAGAAGACCCUUCCCUCGUGAAGACCAAUACGGCGAUGGCCGUGGCCAGUCCUACCGCCCUCCUCGUUCCCCUGUACCUCGAUCAGACACAUACCGCGCUCCUCGUUCUCCACCGCGAGGAAACGCAUAUGUGGACUCGUACCGUGCUCCACCGAGGAACCGUAGCCGCUCACCCUUGCCUUUCCGUCGUCGAUCACGAAGCCCUCCUCCUUUCCGGCCCAGAGAUGGAGGCGAUUCUUAUAGAGGAAGAGCUCGCUCACCACCACCUAGAAGAGGCGGUUUCAUGAGGGAUGAAAGCUACCGUCCACCUCCUGCUUCUCGAUUCCACAGAGACCCACUUCCUUACAACACCCGCUCGCCAUCGCGGCAGAAGAUCUCCGCCUCCAGCCAAACCCCUGGACCUGGACGGGACAGGCGUGAAAUGCGCCUGACUCCUCCUCGUGGUGUUACUCGCGGCUACCGCUUGCUAUCCCGCUCGCCGAUUCAACACAAUGAGAACGUCAAUCCUCGCAAGGUUGAUUGGAGACGCCGUUCGCCAUCACCACCAAGACCUCGUCCUGACCUCAUCUCGAACGAAAACUCCGGCGCUGCUUCUGUUACCAGCUCAAGGCGCUCGUCACCACCGAUUCACCCGAGCAGACUUGCCGCCAUUGAUCCCUUGCCCAAAGAAGAUUUGUUCGCAAAUCGCGCUCCACGUCCUAUUUCACCGGCUCCGAUCCCUCCGAGAUCUCCUAUCAUUUCUAGACCACGUUCGCCCAUUCCUUCUAGACCUCGAUCGCCUAUUUCGUCCAGACCUAGAUCACCAGUACCACCACAAGCAAACGUGCGCUCGCCUAUUCGCCAGCGCGAACCCACACCUCCUCGUGAGCGUGACAUACCUACCGGCCCAGCUGUUCGUGCUCCUCCGACCGGUCCUGCCAGACAGGAUGAGCCUCCACAAGCCAGAGCACCACCAACAGGACCUGGUGCUUCGAGAUCAUACGCUCAGGCCGCUGGUGAUGUACCCAUUCCAACUGGGCCUCGGGUGAGAGCCAACUCGCCCCCUACACACCCUAGAGGCGGGAUGAUGUCAAGAGGAGGUUUCCAGAGGGACUAUCCACCGCGAGAUUUUGGCUCGCGUGGAGACUAUCAUGGACCACGCGGAAGAGGGGGACCUUAUGGUGGACCAUCAUACCGAGGAGGCCGAGGCGGCGGCUAUGCUACACAACACAAUAGAGACCCAGACUUUGCUUCAACGCCGCCGUCAGGUCCUCGUGGCUCAAUAAGCCACGCUCCACNNCCUCCGUUUAGAGGUGGCGCACACACUUCAGGCACAUAUCCACGUACCACUCGUUUCGCACCAAAUGGAGCACCGCUGCCUUCUGGACCCAAGGCAGACAUAGUCAUGGGCGGCAUGGGAGAGUUUGACAGAGGUACCAAGCCUCCUGGCAAUGCCUACCUUGCAGAUAUGCCGCGUAUCGUCGACGGCGGAAUUAAAGCGCCCGAACUCUAUGACCGUGGACGUCUGAACAAGCUAGAGGAUGAGGCAGAAAAGCUGAGACAAGUCAUAGAAGACAAGCAGGCACGCAAGCGCAGAGGACUAAAAGAAUGGGCUAAGCUCAGCCGUGAAAGCGAGACUGCGAGUUUCAGAGCGCAGUUGGCUGAUGAGAACGUGAGAGCGCUUGCUGGAGAGAGUGAUGGCGGCGCUGCAUUUUAG